UGGCAACGCGUUUAUUGACAACUCAGAAUAAAAUCAUUCUCAAUCAAUACAACGUAAAUUGUGAAAAGGCUGCGAUAAAAUAUAAUAUUUAAACAAUUAUUGGUACUAAAAUACGCAAACUAUGGCGACAAGUAAUUCGAAAGGAGUUAAAGCUUCCAAUUUUGGCACCAGCACAACAGGUGGUGGUAACAGAACUGGUGGCAAAACCGGCCCGGUUUCUACAACAUCGCAACCAGAUGCUGACGCGAAUAGCGUUGCCAUGAACAUACCACUAAUAAAAACUAAAGACAACAGUAAACAACUACCAACAUAUCAUGCGGCGCUGCAACGCUCGGCCGAUGACUAUUUGGCGGCAGAAGAUUUAGACAAUAUACAAUUAGAACUUGAAACAUUACUCUCUAGUGUCGCACUACGUUAUCGUGUGCUAAAGUCAGAAUAUGAGAGUUUGGAUAAAGAUGAACGUCGUAACGAACGACGCACGAAGCAUGGUGCUGGUGGCGAAACACAAACAGCCAAUGUAAAUACCUCGUCCAGCGGUAAACGUAAGCGUGAGGAAACGUCAAGCGUACGUAAACCCAAACACACACCCGCCUCAUCAUUGAAACACACAAAACAUGCUAAAAAUAGUCCAGUAGCGCCGAAUACCGACGACAGCAUGGAUUAUGUGCCACCGUCCGGGUCGCAUAGUCAUGGACAAAAUCGUGAUCAUCAUCUGCAAAAAGUUACACUACCCAAAAAUGAUACGCCAAAUAAAUUUUGGCUAUCCGUCGAGCCAUAUUGUAUGCCAUUAACAAAUGAAGAUCUACGUUUGCUGGAUGAUCUACUUGAACAGUAUUCGGGACCACUAGUGCCGCCUAUACCAGAACUCGGACCGCAUUAUUCAACAAUUUGGGCGAAUGAGGAUAUGAAGGAAGUGCAACAAGCUUCAAAUCCGAAUCCAAAUUCAAAUCGUUUAAAACCACAAAAUAGUGCUGCUAGUGGCAUGAUCAAGAAGGCUGAAUCCAUGAUGAAUGAAUGUGUCACUGGACCUUUGACGCAACGUUUAGUGUCGGCGCUACUAGAAGAGCAAUUGAUACAAAAUCCCAGCGAAUUGGCGGCAUCCGCUGUGGCCGAUAGCAGCAAUAGUAGUAGUGAAAAUACACACUCUUCUGCACAAAUGAACUUCCGUUCGCUGUCAUUACUACGCAAUUGCAUCGAUAUUGAGAAGCGUGUCAAGAAAGAACUCAUCGAGCAAGGCAUAUUGGACUUGAAUGACUUUCCCAAUAAUGACGAGGACGAAAUACAUGCAGAAAUAAAACGUCUCAUCGCCGAAUUAUCAGCAAUUGCUGAGUACAAUGGUGCCGCGUUAAAGAGGCUACACGAAUCGGCCGCUGAGGAAAUAAAGUGUUUGGAGAUCAAACGUAAACUCGACACGAUUGAUCAGGAGAUACUCGAAACUUAUAAACGUACAAUGAUAAACAAAGCAAAACGUAAGCCACUCAGCGUAGAGGAACAGCAGGAAAUACAUCGUUUAACAUCAGAACAAAAGACGCUAUCCGAUCAGCUCGAACGUUUACAGGCAAAUUGUUUUCUGUACGAAUAGUUUUGGGCCACCACUGGUGGAGAGCAAAAACCAUCAGAUGCGCGCCUAACAACUAGUGCAACACCUGAACGCUCUAUACUAGUGGCGCUCUUAAAUGAGAAAUAAUAUUAAAAUCACUAAAACACAAUUUAAUAACUUCGUAAUGUAAUGUAACAGUUAAAAUUCAAGUAAUUUUUGCGCUAUUUAAAAAUAUGAAAUUCAAACUCACUGCGGUGAAUGGGAGUGCCCGCACCUCUGUACUGUACCACAAAUUGAAACGUAAUAAAGGGACCUAAUGCUGAAAUGCUGAAGAACAUGAGAA